CACGCCACGCACACCCGCUCACUAUCAUUUCAAAUCAAUUACCUCAUUCAAUCCGCAACCCCCAUUUCCUGUCUUAAUUUAACCCUAAUCCCAAUCCAUCUUUUUUUACUAAUUUCGGUUUAUUUAUAAAUCCCAUCCAUUUCUCGUCUCAAAAGUUUCAGUUUGUUUCUGCCUUUUUGUUCAAUUCUUUAUUACUUCAAACAAUUAAUCUUUCUUUUCAGUCCUAAUUGGGUUUGAUUUUAGAGGUAUUAUUUUUCAAAAGAUUCAAUCUUUCCUUUUCCCACAGUUGGGAGUUUUCUGGGUUUGUAUAGGUUUAGUUUGGGUUCGAAGAAUUAUGGGUUCUGAGGUUUCUCCAUCAACUUCAGGUGAUGUCAAUGUAACAGUGGAACCAAGGCGGAGGAGUUGUUCUGGUAAGAAUAAAGGGAAGGUUCCUAAAAGAAGUCACAAGGCUGCAAGAGAAAAACUGAAGCGUGAGCAAUUGAAUGACCUCUUCCUUAACCUAGCCAAUGCUCUUGAUCUGACUGAGCCAAAUAAUGGGAAGGCCUCCAUAUUGUGCGAAACUGGUAGACUGUUGAAGGAGUUAUUUGGACAGAUCGAGUGCCUCAGGAAGGAGAAUGAAUCUCUAUUGUCUGAAUCUCGCUAUGUAACUGUGGAGAACCAUGAGCUGAAAGAAGAAAACUCUGCUCUGGAUGGUCAGAUAUCGAGUCUACAAAGCGAGCUGGAUGCAAGAACAGCCCAAUCAAAACCUGACCUGAAUAUGCCUCCUCCUGAAUUUCAUCAUCCUCAAUUUCCACCGCCAUAUUCUCUCGGCUUGCCUGAUGCUGAUGGUCCGUUGCAGCAACCAGCAUCUGUCUUUGUUCUCCCGGUUCAUUCUAAUCUCCAAGCUUAUUCGGCGAGUGCCACAAGUAUAAGCAAACCACAUGCUAGGUAUCCAACUCCUGCAGACUCAUGGCCAUCCCAACUUCUCGGUGAACAGCUGACAACUAGAAAUGAAGUUCAAUGACAAUAACUGCAACAGUUUUUGCUUUAACCCUUCCUCCUCACUAUGUAAACAUUUUCAUGCCUUGUAAUUUAUCGUAGCAGCCUUGCUGUUCAUUUAUUUUUAUCACCAAUUUUGUACA